GGCCCGUUGUCCUUUGAAGUUUGGGACUCAGACGAUACCACUUCUGACUUCCUCGGAGAGGCAGACAUAAGCCUUCAUCUCCUUUGGAAGGAGGGACAGCGAGACACGAGGAGCCUGGCGGUGGGUGUCGAAGAAAGCGAUGAAAAAACCCGGCUUCCAGAUGGACGGCCAGCAGAGUUCGCAAAUCGAGAUGACUCCGACUACUCCGGAUUUGGCGAUACUGUUCUGCCAGAUGAUGAUAGGGUUGUUGUGCCUCCUUACGAGUGGCCCUAUGAAACGCUAGUCCUAAAACGAGUACUAGAGCUCAAGGGGUCAACAUUGCCACAGAUGAGCGGUGACAAGAGUUUGCUCUGGUGCGAGGUCUUCUUUAUUCCCCCGAUGCCUGAAGAUGUUGAGAUGCCCCCACAACCAGUGGUCAAAAAUUCAAACGAUAUCUGGAUGCAGGUUGAGCGCCGAUGGAACAAGGAUUUUCGGCGGUGGCAGAAGAUGUAUUUGCAAUGGUUUCCUGAGGCUCCAAAGGAAAGAAGGUUUGUAAGCGUAGCGGAACAUUCCCAAAGCCGUCUGAUUUUCCCCUUGCCGUCAUUUGUGGUACCGAUUGCUGUCCCAGCGCAGCUGGCUGUGGAAGGGGAGCUGUUACACUGGCUGAGUAACAUCGCAUAUCUGUUCUCCCCAAAACAGCUGCGGGACGGGGAGUUCCAGCGGUGGCAAAGCCCAGCAUCUCUCCUGACUACUCGAAGAGGGGGAGUGAAUGAUCAUGCGGUCCUACUGUGCAGCUGCCUCUUGGGGCUGGACUACGAUGCAUAUGUGUGUAAAGGGACCAUUGACGGGUACGCCACCGACCAUGCAUGGGUCAUGACGCGCCAUGCUGGCGGUUGGGUGGUCUUUUGGGAAACCACAAAUAGGAAGCGCUACUGUCUCCCAUAUCGGUGGGGCUAUCCUUCGAAAGGGCCCCCGGAGAACUUCAAGCCGAAGGAAUCACUGGAAGAAGCAGCUGAAAAGUACUGGGAAGGAACCUACCUUGAAGAGUGGUUUGCGUGGAUAGAGUCUCAAGCAGCAGCUGCUGCUGAUGCAGCUCGCAUGGCCGCAGAGGGGGCGACCAUUCCAGAUUCUGAAAUAUGGGGAGAAGAUGUAGCGCCAGAUGAAAGACUAGACCCGAACGUUGUGAUGGAGGAAGGUGGCAUUCUUACGGAGAGUCGUGCUCCUGCGAAAUCGAAACGUAUAGCGGAGAAGGUUGACAAGGCUGAGCUGAGGAAGAUGAUGCAAGAACAGCUGGACAAACUCCCGAUCACUCCUGCCAAGGACUUGCUGAAACCCGACUCUACUCUUUCUUAUGUCCCAUACAGCUCUAUAGAGGUUGUGUUCAACAAUUUUCAGCUUUGGGGAAAUUUGCAGAAUCUUCAUCCAGCGUGCAUCACCUACGACUUUGAGGACCUGUGGAAGUGGCGGCCUCUCCUCACGGAGCCCGCAGACCCGAUUGAAACUGACAUAAUCAUUGCGACGCCUAUUCGCGACAAGAAAUGUCAACUGCUUGCUGAAGACCUCGUCGGGAAUGUAGUGGAACAUAUUCGCAUGCAGCGGAUCAAGAAUGGCAACGAUGUUUCCUUUGAGCAUCGAGAAGAAAUGCUAUCUAAGCUAACUUUUUAUUUGGACCUUUUGGAAUUCAGACUUCAUCUCGACGAAGCUCACAACCCGGGACCACCCGCCAAUCACGUCGGCUGGUCAAGUUUCCCAGAAGAAAUGGCAGACGCAAAUGCAUCUGCAAAAGCUGACUAUGACUUUUUUGACACUGUGCAAGCUUCAAAUGCCCCAAACUGUGGAGAUGGAGUAGAGCCAGAUCCUGUUAUUCAAGGCGCUCUGCAAAUGAUGGGUGAUGGAUAUAAUGACUUCCAGGAUAUAUUUGCAGCCAACCCCCCUCCAGGAGGCUUUUACGACCCCUUUGCUGUUACAGGAGAGGGAACAUAUGUUGCACCAGAAGAUGCAGCACGCCUAGAGGGUCAGCAAGGAGGCUAUUUGCAUUUGCAGACACCCACCACUCCCUCGGGUCCGCCUGUCUAUCAAGUACCACUCAAUCCUGUGGAUGCUGCCUCUGCGGCCAUGGUAGAUUACGACACAGAACAACGACGUGCCGAACAGGAGGAAGCAAGACUAGUAAAGGGAUAUAUGGCUGGGGGAGGCCACGUUGGAUGGUUCAACGGACCAAAGAGAUCCAGUGGUGGGGACCAUGUGGCUCCGUCAGGCCUACGCUUCAGUGUAGAACCACAAAAUGCUGCUUGCCUCCCAUGCAGAUCUUGCAGUGGUGCCUCCUUCGAAUUACCUUCGAAGACAGAUCGAGCGGACAAAAAUCAUUCCAACAAGGCACUGCAGAUGGGAUCUGCUAGUGGAGCAAAGAAGCGGUGGGGGAAUAGGCGUCGCACGUUAAAGGCACUACAGCGCAUGUUGCAGCAAGCUGCUGCAGAAGGCUUCCGUCUUUUGCAGGCUGCGAAGAAACAGCAGCAGGCGGGUAAAGCAACAGCUGAGAACCGGUCAUUCUUUGCAGGCACUACAGCCGCGGCGGCCGUCGCAGCGAGCGGCAGCAAUUACUGCAACGGAGAUCCUUCGACGGCCCCAGGGGUACCGGGUUUUUCAACAAAGACGACCAAAGCACAGCCGAUGAAGGGAGCCGUUUCGGUAGAGAACGUCGCAGGGCAAGAUACGUCCACGCAUCUGCUGGAGAGCCUGGCUCAGUGCUCCCAGCAGCUGGCUAAUGAGCUGGAGGAGCACAUUCUCAACUCAGGAGGGCAUCUUUUCCCUUCAACUAAGAACUUACUCAGCUCUCGUGUGAAGCGCUCUCCAAUGCGCCCUUGGUGCCGCUUGGUGGCCACAGCAAGGAAGCGAAAGCAAGGCAACAAGAAGCACCAGCAAGGCCUCUCUUCCAUGCCUUCGAUAGGGAACAUCCAGUCACCUCACUCUCAGGCUUGCGGUACAAAUAACAUAUUUGAGUCUGUGGGCUCGAGUGAGGAGAUGAGUGAGAGGAAGCGCGCCCACCUGCUCCUCAAAGAAGACCUGAGACGGAAAGUGUAUGAGCGUAUGGAAGCCCGUGCUGCCACUCUGCAGGCAGAGCAGGCCAUCGCCGAGGGAACUGCAAAUGGUUUAGUUGGUGAACGCGCAGGGCACGCUUCAUCUAGGCAGUCUCGGAUUUUCAGAAUGGGCUUCGAAAGUGAUCCCCCCUCCAGCCACGGCUCAUUCGACACUGCGUCGGAAUAUGGGUCAUCUGAUUCAGCUCCAACAGAGGCAUACGUUUCUCCUAGCAGCAAUUCCAGAAGCAGCAGUAGGCGAAGCAGCUGCAGCAGAUCAACUAGCGAGGGUGAACUUGUGGAAGAAGUGCAUCACGACAGUACAGAAGAAGAGACAAGGAAGCAGCUGCAUGCAGGUCGCGGAAAGCAUCCCAGCAGAUGCAGCAGCAUCGCAACUGCUGAAACAGCUGCCCGUCGGGCCAAGGAGGAAAGCGCUUCUGACACAUCAACUGGCUCAUCGACCAGUGACCAGCCAUCGCUUUGUCUGCAUCGCAAGCCAGGCAGAAGGCAGAGCAGUCAGGCGGGAUUUCAGUGGCUUGCAGGAUACGCUGCAGAACAAAAAAGCAGGCACUUGGAGGCAAUGCGCAGGCAACGGAAGCCUUACGUUACGGUUGCGAUGGCCAACCCGGAAGGGACGCUCCUACAACAAGAGUGCGAAGAGGCGGAGGGGCUCCAUCAGGCAAAGGAGGAGGCUCAGAAUCAUUCGCCUAGAGUGCAACCUGCUCACGGUACAGGAAGUAGUUUGGGAUCAUCAGAAAGUGUUGACUUGGAGGCCCAUUAUGCUGGGUCUAUCGAGAGCGAAAGAGGUACCCUUGACUCCCUGCCCGACAGUGACGUCUGCGAAUCGUCAGCAGGCUGUCAGACCAAUCCAUGGCGUCCCUUGCAUGUUUACCCUCCUCUUGAAAAGGUCAAAAGGCGCAUUCGGAGCAGCAGCAACAAUGACAGCAAUAAUGUCAGUAGAAGGCCCAACAGCUGGGAGUCUAUUUUAGAAGUUACUGAGUCAUUUCCAAGUAAAAAAGCUACAGCAUCUGCAGAUCACAUCGAGCUGCGAUCUCGAAGAACAGAACAGAAAGAUGCCGCUGGAGGGGGGGAGAGAACGAACGAGGAAUGGCGUUCAAUAAAAUUCCGCUCUGUAAUUGGAAAAGACGCAGAAAAAGAAGCCAUUUCAUCAAUGGCAACCGGGAGAUUGAAGGGAGGUAUAUCUGAGCGUAUGCAGCAGGCGUACGCCUCUUCCUUGCAGCGGGCAAGAAAUUCAGUGCUCGCAGGCAGCAUACGUCAUGCCACCGCCACUCUGUUGUCGCUAAAGGGAGCAAAGGGUUCAGCUAAUUCGGAAGCACCCGCAUCCGCAGGACUGCACACUGCAGAGCCUUCACAUAUUUCCACCCGAGUGCAUGGACCUUCACAGAGCAGAAAUGUCAGCAGCGGCACUAACAGCAGUGGCAAUUGCAGGAGUCGCGUUACCCUUGAGAACCCUGCAGUGGUGUCACUAUCUAACGCUUCAGAGAAUAUUAAUUCAGCAGCAGUAUCUGCUUCGGGAAGCUCGUCCCAUCCUCGAAGACCAGGUGUUGACCGGAUCCCUGGUGAGGCAUCUGCUGGGGAAACUGACAAAAGAUUGUUUAUGACAACCAAAGAACACCGAAUGAUGCUGGAUAUUGACUACGACCAGGCCAACCGGGAUUGGGCCUCCACCAGAAACGCAGGAGCUGGCCCGCCCCCGGCUCCCGAAGGAAUGGUGUACAAUCCACUUACAGGUGUCAACGAGUAUAGUUACGCAGUUACGACCACAGGAGGACAACCAUACGGAAAUAUGGCACUGGGCGCCAUCCAGCAAAUAUCUCCAGUGGGCCCUGUUCCUUUAAACAAAGGCAGACUUGCGGAUGUCCGGCUGCAUGGCGCGUUUCGUUUGAAUCCUAUUACAGGGGAGAAGGAAAUGGUUGACGGCGGAGGCAUGGAUCGUGUUAGGCAGUUCGGUGCGACGGAUUUCAUCGAUUCCGGAGCGUCUGCUCGCCCGAAUGUUAAAGCAGAUGGCUUGCCUGAAGGUUUCGACAUGAACUAUGCAAGACAGAAGUACGAAGCGGGUGUUCCCGCAGGUAGAGAUCCGGUCAUGCCGGGAGGAGAGGGAGCGGCAGGGGCCCUUCAGCUUGAGGCGGAAGCGAAGAUGGGGGACCUGGACCCUUACGGGGAUCUUCUCGAGCCGCCCAAGCUACCCCCAAAGGAGUACGCGACUUUUGAUGGAGGAGUAGAUCUCGCUAAAUUAGGAUUGGCUUCCGGAGGACAGACGAGGAAAGUCAUUAAGAAGGCGGAUGGCACAGAACCAUCGGCUCAGCAAGAAGCCGGAACCGCGAGUUCCAACGGAGUGGAAAAUGCCCGUGUCGAGCGGAAGUUAUGCAGUGGAGCAGGUCGCCAAGUGGAAUUGAAACGUCUAGCUCUUACAAUUCCUAACCUGACUCCUGCGCUGUUGCGAUUUUCAAUUAUUGGUUCAGACUCAACGGAAAUUCGCAGCUAUUUGGGAGGAAGCCGUCGGUUUCGCCGCUUGCUGGACAUGCCAGUUGAAAACAUCACGUAUGUUGUGACAGGAAAAUGCUAUCCUCUGAUGGGAGGAGUCAUCAGCACUUGGUUGUUCUUCGGUGCCCAAGUUCCCCUUGCUGAGCGGAAGAGCCACAUGACCCGCAUAAGGAAGCCUCCGCACACGAAGCAACGAAGAAAGCCGCCGGCAGAUGCUGCUGCGGACAGCCAGUCCCCUACUGGAGGAGCAGAGCUCCCAGAUGAGCGCGGCAGCAAAGCGGGGCAAUCAAAUGCUUAG